CAUCCACCACCACAUGGUCAACCGCGGGAGGGUUGCGAGGGCAGCAAUGUACUCUUGGUACCAAAAUCAACUCCCCGGCCCGACAUUACAGGGAUUCUCCAUACAGUUGUUCUGGCCAACACUGACCUCAUUGAGGGUCAGACCCCGUAUAAGCCGCCGACUCCUCCGCUAUUCUCCGCCCCCGACACCCUCUUGAGCUAAUCACAGUGCAGCGUCUUCAUUUCCAGGGGCUACCAGACCCAGAGGCAAUUCAAAGGACGCCCCAAUGUACCACUUGUACCCGGGAUCAGGGACCCCAAGGCGGUUCCACCUCCACAACCAAGCCCAGGUUUUCCAAGGCGCCACCAGAGAGUAGAACGCAUGGAUACAGGCCGAAACGACCGAAGGCUUUGAGGGGUUUUCCUAUCUCCAGUCUCCAGGGAUUCCCUUUAAAUGUCCUGGCUGCUGCACUUAUCUCUUUCCAUCCAUUUAUGAUAAACGAUCGCCCAUACCAUCCCCAGCACUUUCAAAGUUGAGGAUCCUGUCAAUUCCAAGCUCAUUGCCUCGAUCAUAACAACUCAACAUACACUCAUCGAGCCUACACCUUUCUCUAUAACAAAACGAGACACCCUGUUUUACAGCCAACUACAACACAUUAUCCACAAUGGCCAUCCGAGAGCACUUCCGCCGCGCUGUGCGCUCCGACGCUUCAAGCACAAAUAUCGUCGAGGCCAACACCCCAGGAAAGAUCACAGCUACCAUGACCAAGUCCAGCCAGAACAGUGACAAGUCCGACUCAUCAUCAAAAUCAUCACUCGUCAACAAGCUGUCCCGUACCUGGACGUGGGGGUCUAAGGACAAGGAUGCCACCAAGGAGCGCAAGACCAAGAACAAGAAGGGAAAGAAGAUCACCCACCCUAGCGAGAAGCCGAUGACCGCACAGAAUCUCCAGCACCAGGAGAUGCUCUCUCACUUCGACUUCACCUUUGGUGCCUCUUGUCCUGAACAAAUCGAGGAGGACAAUUUCAUUGGCAUCAGCCCUUGCUGCACCAGAGCCCCCAGUGUCGUUGACUUCUCACUGGAAGGCGACAGCGAAAGCGAUGAUCAGACUUCUUCCUCAUCUUCCUCCGUCAAAUCAUCGUAGUCCAUUUCCUGAAAUGGCAAGGUCAGUGAUAAUGGAUGGGCGGGCAUGCGGGCUCGCCGAUUGUCGACAGCGGCGAAACCUGGAAGAGUUCUAGAACACCAGUUUCAACGCCUGCCACCAAAAGCCCGCAACGUUACUCAGGCACACCAAAUCACCUCCCUUGGAAGAUCCUCGCCUUGAGCGUUGCAUUUUAUCCAUCUAAUCACGACUCUGGAAGCCGUCUCUGUUCACGACAAUAUCACCAAUUGGGUGAUGCAACCAUCUCAAGAUCAGCGCCUGUUCCAACCCAAACAGGAAUAACAGCUGACGAUCUGAGCAACACCACCUCAGAACUUCGCUAUAAUCAUUGCAUUAGAGCAUAACAACAAAAGACGCCAAAACAAAAGCAGUGUGCAUUGGCUGUCUUUCUUAUCGUCUUCUUUGACGACGGUGUCUCGGGCACCGAAGGAAAACCGCAUGAAAUGAUUUGAAACGCCACGACAUGUGUGGUAUGGAAUAUAGCAUAUUGGAUUUAGCGACUGUCUUAAGGAGUUUUGCAUAUCACUUUGGUCAUGCAAUGGGCAAAUAGACCAGAAGGCGUUAAAUUGGAUAGACCAAUAAAAGUCUACUUGUUUUGCAAUCAAAUUUCUUUCCCUGUG